AUGAAUACCAUCUUUAAACCGGUUUUGAGGAAGUUCAUACUUGUGUUUUUUGACGAUAUCCUCAUUUACAACCCUGAUUUGAAGACUAAUUUGCUCCACAUGAGACAAACCUUUCAAAUCCUCACCAAGCAUGAAUUAGUAAUAAAUUACAAGAAGUGUCUAUUUGCCCGUCAGAGAUUGGAGUAUUUGGGUCACUUAAUUUCAUCAAAGGGGGUAGAGGCUGACCCACAGAAGAUUGAUUCAAUGCUGACUUGGCCCGUUCCAUGCACAAUCAAAGGAUUACAAGGCUUUUUGGGGUUAACUGGUUACUAUCGCCGCUUUAUACAGAAUUAUGGUUUAAUCGCGCAGCCUUUAACACAGUUGCUGCGAAAGGACUCUUUUACAUGGAAUGACCAAGCACAACGAGCUUUUGAAGCCCUUAAAGCGGCAAUGACUUCAGUUCUUGUUCUAGCAGUUCCUGAUUUUACCCUUCCAUUUGAAGUUCAUACAGACGCUUUGGAACAAAGUAUUGGAGCUGUCCUGGUCCAGAAUCAGCGCCCCAUCGCAUUCCUUAGCCAAGCUUUCUCCAACCAGUCCUGA